AUGGCUGGAAACAAAAUUAAAUUGCAAUCGAAUGAUGGUGAUACAUUCGAUGUCGAUGUCGAAAUUGCCAAACAAUCUGCAACGAUCAAAACGAUGUUAGAAGAUCUCGGUAUGAGUGAAGAAGACGAUGUGAUUCCAUUACCAAAUGUUAAUUCUGCAAUUUUGAAAAAAGUUAUUCAAUGGGCAACACAUCACAAGGAUGAUCCACCUCCACCAGAAGACGAUGAGAAUCGGGAAAAGAAUCUUUCGGACAUAUCAUCAUGGGAUCAAGAUUUCCUUAAAAUAUCAAAGGUCUCCUCGACGUCACCUGUAAAACAGUUGCAAACAUGA